UCUCUCUCUCUCUCUCUCUCUCUGGAUUCAGCACCACCAUGGCUCCUGAGAAGGUGACGGAAAUGGUGCUGAAUGUUGAUCUCAAGUGCUCCGGCUGCUACAAAAAGGUGAAGAAGGUCAUCUGUAAAAUUCCCCAAAUAAGGGACCAGGUAUUUGAUGUGGACAAAAACAAGGUUAAGGUCAUGGUAGUAUGUUGCAGCCCCGAAAAAAUCCGUGACAAGCUUUGUGCCAAGGGUUGCGGUGCCAUCCAAAGCAUAGAGAUCAUUGAAAAGGCCGAAAAACCAAAAGAAAUCGAGAAGCCAAAGGCUGCCGAGAAGAUCGAGGCGGCCAAGCCACCACCAACUAAACCUCCUAAAGGACCCGAGGCGGCCAAGCCACCUGCGGACAAAUCAAAAGAACCCGAGAAGGCUAAGCCAGCUGCUGACAAGCCUAAGGAUGCAGGGAAACCCAAAGAAGCCGACAAAGCCAAACCUGCUGACAAGCCUAAAGAAGCCGAGAAAGCCAAACCUGCUGACAAGCCUAAAGAAGCAGAAAAACCGAAAGCUGCUGAUAAACCUAAGGACUCAGGAAAGCCACCAGAAGCUGAGAAAGCCAAACCUAAAGACGCGGAUAAACCAUCCCCACCGAAAGAGUCUCUAAAGAAGGCAGAUGCAGGGCCAAGCCCUGACGUUGCGAAGAUGGUGUAUGAGCCCGUUCAAGGCUAUCCACAGAUGUACCCACCAGCGGCUUACCCUAUGGUCGGGUACGGGCAAUAUUAUGAUCAAGGCUAUGGUGGUGGUGCACCGUAUCAACAUGGUUAUGGGAUGACAGUAGUGCCACCACCACCACCACCAAGUUAUGGUGGUUUUGGAUACGAAUAUGGGUACAAUGGAAACAGGAGUCAUUAUACGAGUAAUGAUUAUCGAGGUGAAGAGGAGGGAGAAGGGUGCAGAAUAAUGUAAAUCGGUGGUUGGCGGUGGUGAUGGUAGUAGGGUGGUCACUUUCAAGGUGAAAUAACUAAGUGUUGAUAAGGAAUGCUGAUGAUUUAUGAAUAAGCAAGUGUUGGAUCAUCUUUCAUGUGCAUGUGCAAAAACUUCCAAAAAGGAGAUGAAAUCUGGUUGUAUAUUUAGUCGAUCAUAAAGACACUUUGUUCUUUUAUAAAAUGAUAAAGACUUGGGAGAAUUGAAAUAAAGUUUUUGG